GGGUGGGGUGGACAACGGUGGUGGGGGCUGGGCCCAGGCCUGGGGCUGGGACCGCUGUAUGCAAUGGGAACCAGGGCCUGGAGAGGGGGCACAGGCCCCAGCAUUUGACUGCCCAGUCUGGUGUGUCCUCUGCCAGGGAUGUAGGGCUAGGCUCAGGGAGGCCUGCCAGAGAGGGAGGGGGGCCAUCAGACUGCCCACAGACAUGCUUAGCAUCAAACUCCCCCAGCUCUUUGACAUCCACCAAGUCCCCAAGGUGUUCCGGGAGGAUGGCAUCAUCUCGGGAUACCGUCACCCCCAAAGCUCCGCCCUGGACUGCAUCCUUAGCAGCUUCCAGAUGACCAAUGAGACCGUCAACAUCUGGACCCACUUCCUGCCCACAUGGUACUUCCUGUGGCGCUUCAGUGUCCUGUGCUCCACACUGAACUUCCUGUCGGAGAGCUACACCUGGCCGCUGCUGGUGUACAUGCUGCUAAUCUGCGUGUACCCCUUCACCUCCAGCUGUGCCCACACCUUCAGCACCAUGUCCCCCGAGGCACGCCACAUCUGCUACUUCUUCGACUACGGCGCCCUCAGCCUCUACAGCCUGGGUUGUGCCAUAACUUAUAGCUCCUAUGUGAUGCCUGACUGCUGGGUCAACAGCUGGCUGCACCAACACUUUGUGCCCAUCGCCAUCUGCAACACACUAUUCUGCACCAGCCUGUCCUGCUAUUCUAGAUUUCUGGAGAUGCAGUUUCCACACCGGAGUAAAAUUCUCCGGACAGGGGCAUUUGUCUUUCCAUUCAUCUUUGACAACAUCCCUCUAUUUUACAGACUGCUGCUGUGCUGCGGGGGCAGCUGCUGUCACAGUGAGGCCCUGCCCAGUCACUGUUACCACCUCCUCUUCGCCUUCCUCACCUGCUUCCUGUUUGCCUCACACCUCCCAGAGAGGCUGGCCCCGGGGCGCUUCGACUACUUUGGUCACAGUCACCAGCUUUUCCACAUCUGUGCCGUGGUGGGUACCCACUUCCAGAUGGAGGCGGUGCUAGCAGAUAUGACCUCACGCAGGGCGUGGCUCAUCGCCCAGGCGGCCAUACCCUCCUUCCUGAGUACCCUGGGGGCACUGGCCCUCGGCAUCAUCCUCAACCUAGGCAUCAUUGGCAUCUUCAGUGCACCUCUGCUGUGGAACCCUCACCACAGUGCCAACCACCCACUGACGCCACCCACGAAACGCAAGGAACAGUGACACUCCCCACAACCAGUGACCACCCAGUAUGUUCAAAUGAAAAGGUUUGGCUAAAUCAUUCUACCAGUCGUGAACUUUGGAAAUAAUAACCAUAAGAAGUUAUAUUAUACCUUUUAAAACCAGGUAGUAUUUGUAUAAACCCAUUGGAUUAUUAUCACAGGAUGGUUUUUCUACAUGUUAUUCUAACGUCAUUAUAAGGUUUGUUUAGGAGUUUAUUCAUGUGUUCACUGUUUGAAGCCGAAUACCCAGCUAUUUUUAUGAAGCCUUUCAGUUAUUCAGUAUCAUUGUAUACCGUUAAAAGUUUUGGAGGUAUUUUGAGUUAAAGUAUCAUAUGCCAACUUCUUUUCACUUAUACUUGAAAGGAUCUGGGUUGUAUGAAGCAUAUGUGAUGUCUAACAACACAUGAAAGUGCCUUUUUUAUAUAUAUAUAUAUAUUGACCCAAAUGUUACCUAAGUACUCGUAAAUAUUAUUUCUGGUUCGUGUAAAUCUCAAACUGGAAAAAUCUUUAACUGUAAAUUUGCAGGGAAUUUUCACAUUAAUAUAUAAGUAUUUAGCUACUGUUUUUCAAAUGUCCUAUAUAUUUAUUAGCCAUUAUUAGAACAUCUCAAAACGCAUAUUUAAUAUAAAUUAUGACUAUCCAUUACAUGAUUCUCUAAAAUAAUCUGUACUCUCACUAACUGGACUACUUAGUAUGAUUCCACCAUUUUGUUUUAAUAUUCAAUACCAUCUCAUUUAAAUCUCCACUAUGACUUUAAUAGAUUUACAGACCAGUGUAGUGCUCAUUCAGAUUAACCUUCUCUAAAGGACCUAAAAGGGUUCUUCGACUGCCCCCAUAGGAGAACCCUUUAAAGAACCCUUUUUGGUUCCAGCUAGAACCCUUUUGAGUUCCUUGUAGAACCCUUUCCACAGAGGGUUCUACAUAGAACCCAAAAGAGUUAUAUCUGGAGUCAAAAAGGGUUCUACCUGAAACCAAAAAGGUUUCUCCUAUGGGCACAGCCGGAGAACCCUUUUGGAACCCUUUUUUUCUAAGUGUGUACCUGAAAGCUACAGCACUGUACCAUGUCUAUGAUUAAAAAACAGGUGACAUUUUGCAGAGGUACGUUUCCAUGGAAACUUCAUGGUUCUUCGCAGUUUGUGUUCCUGUGAAUGCCCAGUCACUUGAAUUGUUCUUUGGAGUACUCUUAUUUUUUACUUCUACAACAUACAGAAAUGGUCAUUGGAUGCAUUUUUUUGAAACAUUACGUGCUGUUUAAACGUCAGAGAAUUACUGAAAUUCUACCUAACAUACACAUGCUUUAGGGAGAUAGGACAUUCCAAAUGACCUUGUUUAUAACAGCUAUCUAAUGGAAGAAAUCUUAGAUGAUGGUGCACAACAGAACUGAAUAAGUGAUGUCAUCUCACCUCCCAGGAAUGGGGAUGUGGUCAGUGGAGGUCAAAGGCUCUUGGCACUGUCGUAUUCAUGUGGUAUCGUGGUGGUCAUUGCAGGUUUAUGGCAAACCAAUACACCGCUCACCCCAUGCUGGUAUAACAUUGUCAGUGGCUAUUGUUUACAUGUAUCCUCGAAAAAGAGUGUGGUAUCUCUUGAGUAUUUAUUCCUUGUAGUAUAUAUAACAGCACCUACUGUUUCUGUUCAGUUGUAAAGUGUGAAGCAUAUGUACAGGUAAUGUACAGCCAAAAUAAAGGAAACACCAACGUAAAGUGUCUUAAUAGGGUGUUGGGCCACCACGAGCUUCCAGAACAGCUUCUAUGCCUUGGCAUAGAUUCUA